GGAAGAUGCAAUCACGGAUGUGGGUUCCAGUGCGCUGCUGCACAGGACGGCGCCAGCGGCACAACUCUCCACCAUGAAUCCAGAAGAACAAACUGUAACGUGGCUUAUUUCAUUGGGAGUCUUAAAUUCCCCCAAGAAAAUAGUAGAUGAUCCAGAGGAGUUCCUGAAAACUUCUCUGAAAGAUGGAACAGUGCUUUGUAAACUCAUUAACCGACUUCUUCCGGGAUCUGCAGAAAAGUAUUGCCUGGAGCCUAAAAAUGAAGCAGAUUGCAUCAGUAAUAUUCAAGAGUUCUUGAAAGGCUGCGCACUCCUGAAAGUGGAGGUGUUUGAUCCACAUGACUUGUACACCGGAGACCAGUUCUCCAAGGUCCUGAGCACAUUAACAACUAUAAAUAAAGCUACUGAAGAUCAGCCACCCAAAGGGCCAUGUUCACAUCUGUCGUCUCGUAGCUCCACGGCUGGAGACCCCCAGACUGAGUCCAACGGCACAACUUCACAGUCAGCGAGGGUGUUACGGAGGCAAUCCAAGCCUGUGGAGAUGACCGAGAAUGGCAGUCAUCAGCUGGUGGUAAAGGCCAGGUUCAAUUUUAAGCAGACCAAUGAGGAUGAACUCUCCGUUAACAAAGGAGACAUUAUUUAUGUCACCCGGGUUGAAGAAGGGGGCUGGUGGGAAGGGACCUUGAAUGGAAAAACAGGCUGGUUCCCAAGCAACUACGUCAGAGAAAUCAAAUCCACCGAUAAACCACUCUCUCCCAAAGCAUUAAAAGGACUUGAAAGCACUCAGCUGACAAAGAAUUAUUACCCUGUGGUGUUGCAAAAUAUUCUGGAAACAGAACGAGAUUAUGCGAAGGAACUACAGUCACUUCUGGGAACUUACUUAAGACCCCUCCAGUCUUAUGAUAAGCUCAGCGCCGUGGACAUUGCAGCAUUGCUGGGAAACAUGGAAGAAAUCUCUGCAUUCCAGCAAACGCUGAACCAAGCCUUGGAAGAAGUUGCAAAGCUCCCCGAGAACCAGCAGCGUGUGGGAGGCUGUUUCACCAACCUGAUGCCCCAGUUCCGCUCCCUGUACCUGACGUACUGUGCGAACCACCCGUCGGCCGUCAACGUGCUCACCCAGCACAGUGAUGAGCUGGAGAAGUUCAUGGAGGGCCAGGGUGCGGCCAACCCAGGCAUUCUCAUCCUAACCACGAGCCUCAGCAAACCCUUCCUGAGGCUGGAUAAAUACGUGACACUUCUGCAGGAGCUGGAGCGGCACAUGGAGGAGGCGCAUCCAGAUCAUGAAGAGGUUUUGAAAGCUGUCACAUCCUUCAAGUCCCUUGUGUCACAAUGCCAGGAGCUGAGGAAGAGGAAACAGCUCGAGCUGCAGAUCCUUUCUGAAUCCAUCCAGCGCUGGGAAGGAGAGGACAUAAAAACAAUGGGAAACAUCAUCUACAUGUCCCAGGUUAUGGUGCAGUGUGGAGGAAGUGAGGAGAAAGAAGAGCGGUAUUUCUUGUUGUUUUCCAACGUUUUGCUGAUGCUGUCUGCAAGCCCACGGAUGAGUGGGUUCAUCUAUCAGGGAAAGCUGCCUUUGACAGGAAUGACGCUGACAAAGCUGGAAGAUGCUGAAGGGAACGAGCACAUGUUUGAAAUUGCAGGGAACAUGACAGAGCGGAUCACUGUGUCCUGCAGCACCAGCCAGGACUUGCACGAAUGGCUUGACCACCUGCAGAGGCUGACCAAAGGGACGUGCAGCACCGUCUCCAAGACGCAGUCCUGGAGCCCUCAUUCGACAUUUAGUUCAUCUGGGCAGAUCCGUGGACCUCUGGAACCGCCCAAGAUCCUCAAGCCCUGGAGCUUGAGCUGCCUCCGUCCUGCUCCUCCGCUCAGACCGUCGGCAGCGUUGAGUUACAAAGAGAGGAUGUCUUAUAUCUUAAAGGAUUCCAGCAAAAGCCCAAAAACAAUGAAGAAGUUUCUUCCAAAAAGGAAAACUGAAAGAAAGCCAUCUGAUGAAGAGUUUGUUAUUCGGAAAAGUACUGCUGCGCUGGAGGAAGAUGCUCAGAUCCUGAAGGUGAUCGAGGCAUACUGUACUGGGGCAGGCUUCCAGCAAGCUCUCAGCUCAGGCUCCCGUAAAGACUCCAUCCCCCAAGUCCUUCUUCCUGAGGAAGAGAAAAUCAUCAUAGAGGAAACACGAAGCAAUGGCCAGACAGUGACAGAGGAAAAGAGCCUUGUUGACACAGUUUAUGCACUGAAAGAUGAAGUCAAAGAGCUAAAGCAGGAGAACAAAAGGAUGAAACAGUGUUUGGAGGAAGAGCUAAAAUCCAGGAAGGACUUGGAGAAGCUGGUUAGAAGGCUGCUGAAGCAGACAGACGAGUGUGGCAGGGAGGACACGGGGCGCAAGUCGUCCCUGAUCGCCUGAAUUUGGGGAGAAGCUGCUGGCAGUGGUGUGUGACCUCAGGUGUUUUUUGGGAAGCGGAACUGGAUCCUUUGCCUCUUCUUGCUCCUUAUUUUGUUGGUUUGGGGAAUUUUGUUACCAAAAAAAAAAAAAAAAAAGUCAUAGAGAAAAAAAAUAGUUUUUCUUCCAUCCAGUAAGGAAAUAAAGCAGAAACAAUCAAGUAAAAACAAACAAGUAAA